GGACAAAAGUGCGAAUGCGUCGUGAAAGGAAGUUCUGUCCAUGAACGAGUGAAGAACAAAAGUGGCUCGUGCAGGCUGUCGAUGGAAAAGGUGGGAACAUUCGAAGGGUGGAGUUGGUGAAGGGGUGGAGCGUGCAUAACAAAGUGGGGAGCAAGGUUGUCUUGUGCAUGCGACGGGCUUGCUGGCGGUUUGGCAAUUCGUUGGCACUUGUGGGCAUCUCCCAGUGACCCCAGGGAGUCCCCAUUCAAAACUACUCGGCACCCAGGAGCCAGGCCAAAACGCUCCCUUCUCUUCUCUUCCCCAUCGAGCAGCCAUCAUGCUCAACUUCAAGAUCUAGGAAGAAGCGACUCUUUGGCAGUCUGCUUGUGAGAUCUGGACGGACCAUCUCUCCUCACUACUCUUAAUUUAAUUUGUUACAUCUCUACUCUCUGGUAUCUUUCCGUUCUCCUGAUUGCCUGCCUGUUUGUCUAGCAACGUUUUCUCUUGUUCGCGCGGCAUUCGCUUGCACUCUGCGACAAAGGAAAAUAGGACCAACAGACAUUCCUCCACCGAGUUCAUCAUCUUUCUUCAGCAGCCCGCGGAGUCAGCCUCUGCGCCGCUCUCGUCAACAACAGCCAAGCAACCGUCACACACUCACCCCGCUGGCUCUGUGUUUCUCCAAUACCGUAUACACCACACCAUCCCUCAAAAAAGAACAAGGAAUCCGCCGCCUGUCGAACAAAGGCGAGAAAAAGAGGGAGCUUCGCGAGAACGCUACCUAACCACUCAUUUUUUCCCCCCCCUUUUGAGCUGCACAGGCAGCUUAACCAGCCCGGUGACUACCAAGUCGCCACAGCCCUUCUGAAAGACCCGUUUUCAGGCUUCCGUUGCUGAGCGCCAGGUCACACCACACAGACCACAGGGGGCACACUGCCAGUUGGGGCCACCUGUUUUCACCUAGCGGCAACAGUCGGUUAGGCCUUCGCCACUCUGAAUCUAACGGGAAGAGUCAUCCAGACCAGGGGGGCCACCCGUAGCCAGCAGCUUAUCUUAGGUCGCCCCAGAAGACACGCGCUUCAUAGGAGUCACAUUGCCGCUCUCCUCAGGCCGUCGCCAUCACCAUACUCUCACUUUAAAGAGUCCGUCGGCCUCGCAGCCACACCGCAGUUGGAGAGAGACAGCCGAUCGGUACCUGCAUAGCCUGCCACUGUCAAGGACCACCUAGUCCACCACGCCUGCAUCUUCAGCUAUUGCGAAUCCGAUCGUCGAGUCUCGACCCGCUGUUAGCCAUCCAUACGAUUGCACCCUUACACCAACCACCCUCAACAACACCUCGCCUCCCGCCCCUUAUGGUACGCAACUAGCUGCCAUAUAGCCUCAACCACCGCUCUUCCGCUCCAACAAAGCGAAGGGACACACACACGAUGCCUCUUGCGAAAAAUAACUCUACUCCAGUCGCCGUCUCCGUCCCGUCUACCGGUCUGCUCGUUCGUGAAAAGUUGGCUCUCUUUAGCACCCUGUUUUAGGAGUCUUCUGUCCAUUUCGACAUUCAAAGUUUGGCAGCAAUCUUCGAGAUUUGCUGCAGGACUUGCAUCUCGUUAAUUUCACGAUCUGUUCAGCACACUGGUUUAAUCGGUAAUCACGGCGUGACGGCGACUGGAGGUUGUUGGAAGCACUUCCACCCACCCUAACCCAAGAUGAAGCUCGACACAUACUUGUCCCCCGCAUUUAUCAACCCCCUUACCUCCCUCCACAAUGCCACUUACAACCAACCCUUAGCCGCGUUGGCAUCCGCUUCUACCACCUCGAUCUGGUCCGACGCAUCCUCCCAGCACUCGGACGACAAUACCUCCAACGGACCCUCUUCGGACUCCGAAUUCAGCGAAUCCUGCUUUUCUAUUGCGCCCACAUCUUCUCAGAGCUCAGUAAGCUCCUUUGGAAGCUACUGCGAGCCAGUCAUCAAGAGCUGCGAUCCCUGGGUCCGCCAGCAACAUGAACAGUAUUCUCGGCCCGAAUCAUGCGCGCCAUUGCGCCAGAACCCCCGCCGAACCUCCAACUCUGCGACUUCAAGGACUGGGCGUCCCCCUGCGCUCGUGCGCCAGGCUGACCGGAAGGUCAAUUUCGUUGACAACCUCGUCGACACUUCGACCCACAUGGUCGAAGCCAUCUGGCCUACGUCAUCGCCAGCUUGCAAAGAGGUGGGCAGCAGUGCUGUGCUCCCGCUGCGCAGUUUCAUUCAAGAAACUUUGCGCCGGUCCCGCACCAGCUACUCGACCCUUCAAGUUGCCUUGUACUACCUUGUCCUGAUUAGACCCCACGUUCCGAGCCAUGAUUUCACCAUGGAACAGCCCGACAGCAACCGAGAAUGCCAGGCCCUCCAAUGUGGUCGCCGCAUGUUCCUCGCAGCUCUCAUCUUGGCGUCCAAGUAUCUGCAAGAUCGCAACUACUCGGCCCGUGCCUGGAGCAGAAUCUCUGGACUCAAAACAUCCGAGAUCAACCAAAACGAGAUGGCAUUCAUAUUGGCUGUGAACUGGAACCUGCACAUCACAGAGGAAACCUACAAGAAGUGGUCUGAAUCAGUUCUCAAGUUCACACCCCAGCCUCCUUCGCCUCCCAGCCCCUCAGCACAGCGCGUUUACGAACAGCAGUGCGAACAGUUUCAACGACUUAUUCUCAACCUGACGCCCUCGCUCGACAACUUGGAAGAGUUGGCUCCUUGGCUGCGGGCCACUCGGGAGGUAUCUAUUCAGGCCAUCUGCAGCUCCCCUGAGAGUGCCAAUCCUUGGGGCGAUCUGGAUGCGGCUCUCAAGCCACGUUUGGCACCAGUCGUUAUGGAGCCAAGUCCUCCUUCGGCAUACGUUCCUGGCCGCUUUGCGCCUGCAUUAGGCCUGUUGCCUACACCACGCACGACUCCCCAAACUCGUGGAUUCAGCACUCCUGCUGUGAGUGCUGCUUCCCACAUUCUUGGAAGAAGUUCAUCAAUGGGUUUCGCCAUGGCCCAAGCCUCCUCCACGUCUGUUGCUCAGACCUUGGAUCGGUGGCCCCCCGCUGUCACCUCGUCUCCCAUGAACCACCUUCCCCGCAGGUCAUCUCUUGCCAACUCGGUCUCGACCGCCUCCUCGCCCGAGUCAAUGGUAUCGGAUUCUUCUCGUCUUUCUCGCUCUUCUUCGAUCUCGUCUCUUUCUUCGGUUAACGCGCCGUCAGCCAAAUUGGAUGCUCAGGCGCGAUGCCGGUAUGGAAGGUCGUUCAGUGAGAGGAUGAGCCUGAAGCCCACCAUCGCUUCGGUUCCCGAAGUCUAUGAGGAGGGUCAUUGUCUGACAGCGUCGCCAGAGUCUUACACCGGCCCGGCGGGUAAGGACUUUUACGAUGGCACGCUGGAUGCUCAAUAUGCGUGCAGGCAGCGUGAGAUGAAUGAUGCGGCCAUGGCCCUUCAAGAGUUGCAGCGUCAAGCGGUCGAUUCUUCGUCAGCUCCGGUCAGAAGCGGAACCAAGCGAAGCCGGACCUUUUCAAUGGACAAUGCCCAGCUGCAGGAGAGUGUGCGUGGAUACCUUUCAAUGGACUCGACCAACGCCGGUGCCUGGCCCGAGUCGAUGGUUCGAGGAAGUCACAAAAGAGUCUGCUGCUCAACCGAGGCGGCUCAGCCAUACAUGAUCUCUUCGCUUCACCCAGCAGUCGGAGGACCAGGAGGUCCAGGGAUGUGGCAGGGAAUUCUGCAGUAAUUCUUUUACACCACACGUUUCGACAAACACCUUGUUUAUUAUUUUUGCGUUUCAUACGCCAACUGCACAUAACGAUCAUAUCAAUCAACCAAACCCUUCGCUGUGACACCAUUCUUUGUUUCUUUGUCAGUCCCUCGCUAGAGGGAGAAGAAGUGGUAAUUCUGGGAAGAGAUCAAGUCCCUAGCAGAGGGCUUGGAGAUGGCUCAAGGAAAAUGGGCAAAAGCGUGUUCUGGGGGUUUUUGCAUGCGACAUCCUGGAUUUGGGGUAAAUGGCGACAGGCGAAGGCGGGGAAUCAUGGUCAUUUUUUGAUGGCGAACGGUGCAACGAGACUGACGAUUUGCAACCGCCAGAACAACUCUCUCUGCAUUUAGGCCUGAGGCUUAUUGCAUCAAACGGAGUUUAUAGGAACGCCGUAGGUUUUCGACCAAGACCGAGACCUUCGGGCCCUGAAAGGGACCAAGACGGACAGACUUGAUCCUCUUCAAGGAAAUCAUUCCGACUCGCGACUAGCAGCCGCACAAAUACCAUGCUAUUAGCCAAAAUCAUCGGAGCUAGCAGCUACCUUUCUGUCUCAAAACCGAAGCAAUCGUGCCUCCGACGUGUCCUGCCUGCGCUUACCAUCAACCCCCUGUUUGGGCGCCCAAAUGAGCGACGGUCAGGCAACCGAGCAACUUGCCACAACCAUGUAUUUGGAGAUGGGAUCGUUGGUGUGGUAACGACGGGGGUCGAUCUGGUUGCUUGCUGUGUCCCUUUGUCCCCAGUUUUUUGCAGCGUUUUUCUCGCGUUCCCAUUUUGCAUUUCUAACUGGUCCGAUCCCAGGAAAAUUCCAAGCCCAAUGCAAUGCGUUCCAAAGUCAACCGAUUUCUUACCUAAAUUUUCUUGUCCAACCAGCUGGGUUUGUCACGAAUCACGAUGGCGGCAUUCCGGGGCCCGGGUUCCUUCCUUCCCGGGUUGGUCGCUCUUCCAGAGUGAGUCAUUCGGCGGACUGAGGACCACACCACACCACCACCACAACAAGAGACAGGACACAACACAAUUUUCUAAAUCCCGUUUCUCCGUUCCGGAACUGGCGGGGCUACCCUAACAGUUGUGGACAAGGGACGGUUGACAUUUGUUGCCGCCGCCAUCGCUCAUCGGGGAGAAUGAACAAAGAAAGGUGACGACAGGGAGGAUGGGCAUGGCAUGGGAGAUCUGGGCCCACCUCUGCCUGGCUUAUGCUUAUGACUGCCUGGAUAACAUAUUGCCACGGCUCUCCAUGUUAGGGGAAGGUGGGUGUUUCGAUCGUGAUCUUGUUGUGAUGGGUGACGGACGGCAGGUAAGUUAGGUACCGAUGUGAGGUAGGUAAGCACCUUGAUGAACAUGACGCCAAAGAAGAAUAGAUAGCUUGUGAGCGGAGUUUCGGGAGUUUUGGUGUUCAAGUGGAGACGUUGGUUUUAGGAGUAUGAGAGGGCAUUCGGUUGGUUGGUAUGUGAAUGCUGUUACAAUAUUCGUACGUUAUUUCGGGUUUGGCAUUAUCAAUUUUGAGCUUUGCCGUAACAUGGUGUUGUUUGGUGAAGUGUCAAGGGGUGAUGUUUUUGGGUGGUGGUUUACGUAUUGGUGGCUAUUUGGCUUGAAGGGAGAGGAGAUAUUUGUCACUCAAGAUGAAGUACACAGUGUAAGUAAGGAAAGGGGGUGUUGAUGAAGGUGGGUUAGAAAGCAGGUUUCUACUGUUGGAAAUCUGGUUAGUGAAUGACUAGAAUUCACAAACGGAGAGGCUGGUGCUUGUGGUUGUGGUGAUGGCUACGUUCAGCUUUUGUCUUGGGUUGACUCAUCACUUACAGGGUUCGCUCAAUAAAUGCUUACCAACUCAUCAAGCUUUUAUAAUGCGAUGCGACGCAGUAGUGCAGAAUUACCGG